CUACCAACAAAAUAUAUGGAAAUAUCUGGAUUUGAUUUUUAUCCCACUUAUUUGGAACCACCGCUGAAGGAAGCAUUGAGCCACCACGUUGAAGGAGUAGACUACAGGCUACAGCAUCAAAGUAGAACAAUUGAAGCUUUGUUCUGCUUCUAUCCUCAGGUUCCCUAACCUAUGGAAUCUUAUUCAAGAUCUCCCCACUCCCUGUUUCCUUCUGUCACUAUAUAGGGUUAGGUCAGCUGUGAAGAUUGAAUGUUGAAUCUAUCUAAAUUUGGAAUAAUGCUCAUCAAAUGUUUGUGUUUUUGCCGCUCUAAGCAUAUCAGUUCCCCUCAGAGGCGCUAUCCAACAGUAAUAGAAGAGCUAUGCCCUCAAUUUUCUCUUGCUGAUCUUAGGAAAUCAACCAACAACUUUGAUGACAAUCAAAUAGUUGGAGGUGGAGGCCUUGGAACAGUAUACAAAGGUUGUCUAAACCACAAUGGAACUAAUGAGUGUGCAGUUGCAAUCAAGCGAAUUAACGCGAUAACUGACCAAGAAUUCAAAGAGUUCAAGAACGAAAUCGAGUUGCUCUGCCAGCUUCGUCAUCCUAAUUUGGUCCCUUUAAUAGGGUUUUAUGACGGCAAAGAUGAAAAGAUUAUUGUGUACGAGUACAUGGCCAAUGGAGCUCUCCAUAAUCUCCUACACGGUACGAAAAGAGAACGACUCUCGUGGAAGCUGAGGCUAAAGAUAUGCAUAGGAGCAGCAUGUGGACUACACUUCCUUCACUCAGGAGCCAAGCGCACCAUAUUUCACCGUGACAUACGACCUUAUAAAAUUUUAUUGGAUGAUAAUAUGGUGGCUAAACUAUCAGACUUGCGGUUUUCCUUACAGGGACCUCUGUUUAAGUCAAAGCCAAAACCAAAGUCCAUAUUGAAUGAUAACUUUCUAGGUACACAAGGUUACAUGGCCCCUGAGAUUUUACAAAACAAGACAGUAACAGAUAGGUGUGACGUUUACUCUUUUGGUGUAGUUCUCCUAGAAAUGGUAUGCAGUGACAAUCUAGAACUUGUUAAGUGUCAACAGCAACCUAUGGAGGCGAAUAUUGAUUCAGAAAUCAAAGGAAAAAUUGCAGCAGAAUGUUGGGAAGUUUAUGUGGAUGUCAUAGAAAGAUGCUUGAGGCUUGACCCAAAUGAGCGACCAUCAAUGGGUGAAGUGGAGGUGCAACUUGAGCUUGCCUUGUCACUGCAGGAAGAAGCAGAUAUCAGAAACACCAAUGGUGAUCAUUAUACUUUAUUAUCUUCAACCAUUAUUGGUCCUUCACCAAAGACACAUUUUAGCCAAAGAUAAACUUAAUGAAUGAUGGAAGCCUUUUUCGAUGGAUAUAAGAUUAGUCUGACGGUGAGUCUCAGCACAAUGGUAAGGUUGCCUUUACAGUCACAUAUUAGAGCCAUGGAAUGAGCCUUUGAAAAAAUGCAGGUAAGCUUUCCUAAAUUCGAUUCAUGAAGUGGGUCCAGCACCUCCCUGGCCCUUUCACAUAGCCUGAGCUUUAUAGCACCAGGUUUGCCCCUUUUUUAUAAGACUGUGCUUAUGUUGUACGUUAUUUUUUAUUAGUGCUAACUAAAAAUAAUAAUUAAUUGCGUUACUGAUAACUGAAAGUUAGUUGAUGUCAACUAGUUGUAUUUUCCCCUGAAGCAUGUUUUGCCUGUCUCCACUCUCCAGAGUUGGUCAGCUUCAGUUUUUCAGUUUCAUGUUGUAUAUAAAGUAUUCUAUUACAACUUGUAAGCUUUGACAGAAGAACGAUUCAAUUCAAUAUGGAUUAUUUUUCAUUCUGGGUU